GUUUAUGAGUUUGUGCCUUUGGAAGAUGGCAGUGGGCAACGGCUGCAAAUCAAUGCCCAGAACUGCAUCCAUUGCAAGACUUGUGACAUAAAGGAUCCCAGUCAGAACAUCAAUUGGGUUGUCCCUGAGGGUGGUGGCGGCCCUGCUUACAAUGGCAUGUAAAGUACAUACAUCAGGAAAGAGCUGGAAAAGACUUCUGUCCCUCGAGGUGACUUAUUAAAGUUAUUACGUGAAUAGCUAAGUCUGAAAUGAAUGUAGAAUGUUGUUGUUAUGUGAAGAUUUAUGUGGUGUGUGGUAUAUUGGAAUCAUCAUGUUGUGAGCUUGUGUAUAAUUUUUUUUAUACA